AUGUUGUAAGAAAUCAGAGCAUCUUUAGUAACUUCUGAAAGAGAAGUAGGUGCUUAAAAGAGAUAGUAUAAUUCACAUAGAAGAUGGUUGAGUUUUAAACAAGAAGAUGCGUGCAAAGAAUAGAAAAAGCAGCAUAAUGCUCAUGAUACUGGUAUGAAUUCCGAAGUUUUUAAUACAGAGUAUCUGCUGAAAAAAAAAGAAAUUUUAUUGCAAAAAAUCUCAGAAACAUAUUAUGAUUAUGAAAUUGCAGACUUCGAUAAAGAAAUGUUAUACAGCAUGUUUCUGACAAUUAGAGAGCAAAGAACUUAUGAUAAUGCUAAAGUCAAUGAAAUUAGACCCUACUUUGAGUUUUAGAAUAAGAUUCAUACGAUUCUGGACAGGAUUAAGCAGACUAGCGAUAUGAGAAUGAAGGUGCAAGAUUAGAAAAUGAAGCAGUGUAAAAGUCAAGUAAAGGACAAUAAAAAGGAACUUAUUCAUACAUUAAAAGAUAAAAUUAAUGAAUACUAAGAAGAAAAGGAUGAUAAUGAGGCAAACAAACAAAAAAUGAAAAAUCAAAGGCCAGGGGCACAUUCAUCAAAUGCCAAACAUUCAGAGUCUAGUCAAGGGAAAUAUGAUAAUUUGAAAAAAUAGAGUGCUGUACUAAUUAGCAAUACUGUUGAUAUAAUCAAAAAGGAGGUGGCAGUUAAUAAAGAUAACUUUGCCGAAUUUAAAAUUCUAUCAGAUCAAAUAGAUCUGGCUUAUCUUUUUGAGAAAUAUUUACUUAUCAAGGAACGAAGAGAUAGGCAGAAGUCAAGUAUAUAAGAAUUAGAUCAAAGCUAAGAUGACAUCGAGUAAUUAAAAGAUAAGAUCAGGUUAAGGGUUGAAGCAUUAGAUAGAAUAAAAAAGGAAGAAGCAACCUUAUAAUUAGUUAAGAUCAAUGUUACUGCUAAUCAAAGUGCUGGGCUUUUUAGUGAAUAAGAAAUGAUGAUGAGAAUGGAGUAAUUGCACCGAAGAUUGUUAGAACAAACGAGCUCAGAGUUAUUUUCUAUUGAAGAAAAUAUCAUUAUUAAUCUCAAUGAGAGAGUCUAAAUACAAUAGAAUUUGCUGCUUAAAGACUACUAAGAAUUAAAUAAAAUUAGACUAGAAAAAGAGAAUAAUCUAAAAAACAUUAAAAAUUCAAGAUAAAUCUAUUUUCAAUUGAUAAAACAGCAAAAUUAUGAAGAAAAUGAUUCAUAUUUGUUAGAGGAUUCUAUUCUUGCAUUCGAAGAUGAUGAUACUAAAACUGAUUCAAUAAUAAAAGAUAUGUGGGAAAUCUACUAGAGAAAGAGUGAAAUUUCCUUGUUUAAAAGAGAACUUGCAAGAGUAAAAGCACAACUUGCAAGAGUUAAAUGGUGCUUGAAUGAGCAAACUAAUAUGUACGCAUACAAGUUAGCUCUAAUAAGAGAUAUUACCGAAACAACAGUAGAUGAUAGAAUUGAGAAAAUAUUUGAUUAGUAUAGAUAGGCAGUCAAGCAUAUGUUUAGGAAAAAAUAUGGGGGAAGCAUAAGCACAGACGAUCACAGGCUAGAUUAAUUUCUAAAACCUGAUCAAAGGGUUGGAAUCCAUAGAAGAUAGCCAUCGUCUAUGGAUGAAGAUGGAAACCCACUAUCUUCUCGAAAUUUAAAAGCAUUGAUGGAAACAGUGGAGCCAGAGCAAAAUAGACCACCAGAGAAGAAAAAGACUUUAGAGCUCAUAAAAUAGAGCUUUUAAAUUAGAUUAUAAAAAAAGAUUGAGAUUCCAUUGAUUUUCCUGAACAUUAGAGAAUUCUUAAAAUUCUUAAUACGAUAAACUAAUGCAUAGGAACCAGAAUCACUUUCAAAGAAAGAAAGUGACACAUUUUUACCUGUGAAUUUGAACCACUCAAAUAUGAGUUUAGGGACUGUUCUCUUGCAGCUUAAAUAAGCUGCAUAGCGAAAUGAAAUUCCUGUCAUACCAAUAAUAAGAGAAUUUAGUGAUGUUGAUUUCUAGCCAAUUAGAGAUGAGUAGGAUCUUUAAAAUGUAAAAUAAAAGAAGUUUUAAGACAAGUACAUGCGAUUUCUGUCAUAUAAUGAUUAAAAUUUGAAUUAACUAAUUAAAAAGCAGAAAGAAGAUUAGGAGGAAAAUUAAAAUGGAAUUUAAAAGUCUUAAGAACAAGCUGUUGAGGAUAAACAUAUUAGUGAAACUCAUAAUCAAGGCAAAGCUGACAUGGUGAAGAGAUUAAAGGGGAAAACUAAAGUUAUUCCAAAAAAUCGAACUAUUACUUUAUAUGAUACUAAAUAGGGCUAGAUAAAAAUUCAGUAGCAAAUUAAGUCAACAAUGAUAAAUAAGAUAGACAAGUAUUCAAUGAAUUCUACUGUUGCAGGAGGCAUAAGCACUAAAUAAUUGCACUAAAACCCUUAGACAUAAGGGUCAAACAAUCUUCAAAAGAAUCAUCAAUUACCACCCAGAGCAUAAUCAGCUAAGAAACCUCCACUUCUGCUUUUACAGAAUCUUACCAUUGAGAAAAUAAACACAAAGGAAACUUUGCAAGAGAUUAAGGCUCUCAUUUAAAGAUCUUAAUCAGCAUCAAGCAAUCGUUCUAGUGAUAAACGAGCCCUUAUUAUGACUUAGGUUACCACACCGAAGAGUUAUCUUCUUAAUUCAGAUUUAAAGGGCAUUAAAAUGAACUAGAGUUCGUUAUCUUCUGCUGGCAAAAACAACUCAAAAGAAAAUCACAACACCUCAAAUCUAUCUUCAUCGUUUGCAAGCUAUAAACUAAUCAAUAGUUUUGCUAAGAAACUUCAAAUUGGGCAGAGUUCACUCAAUAAAACAGCCAACUCAUUCGCCAAAAUAUCUAAACUCUGA